GUGUCUCACACACUGCCGUGUUCGUCUGCUUCGACUUGUCCCAUUGCUCGGUCUGUUUCUUGUUCUUUCCUUCUCGCCCGUAACAAUGUACGCACGCAUGGAAGAAGGCGAAAUCAAUGACCCUGGUUCUUCUGGGGUGGUGUAUUCCCCCGAGAUCGAAUGGCCAGGAGAAACAACAUCCGAGUCGUCGGUAUCGUAUGAGGCCCUACCGUCCCAAACUGCUACCACCGCUGCCGAGGACGCGUAUCUCCGCCAUGCUUCGUUGGGUCCGCCAACACCUCGGGGGGACCCUGACACGUCCUGUAUGCGUUUGCUCGUACAGCACAGCGCGACUCUCCCGAAGAGGCAGAUCCUCGCUGUUUUGGACGGUUAUGCGGAGGUCCAGCUGGGACGUGACGCUACACCGCCAGGCAGUGAGACGCCACGCAUCCGCCUGAAGGAGAUGGAGAUAUCCAAACUGCACGCGACGAUAUUUUGGGACGAGGAGCGCCGCGAAUGGGCUGUCGUCGACAUGGGGUCGAAGCAUGGUACCUUCCUCAGGUCGAGUCGGGACCCGACUGCUUCGACUUCACAGGCUGGUGGUCAGGCUACUCUCCAUGUGACCGCGGCAGACGAGAGAGGCACGCGGCUCUCUGCGCCCCGAGCGGCGAGCAUCCCGCGUCGAUUGGCGCAUCUGGACGUUCUGUCCGUCGGCGGAACGACGUUCCUUGUCCACAUCCAUGAACAGGUGCCGUGCGCAGAAUGUUCCCCUUCUGCUGAGAACGAGAUCCCGCUGUUCGACCGCCGAACAGCGAAUCGUCAGGCGGAGGCGAGCAAGAAGCGCAAACGCGACGCUGCCGAAUCACAAUUGGCUGAAAGCAGCUACAAAACCCCGGUACGCGACCCGAAGAGGGCAUUGAAUGACCUCCGACGGAACAUGCUCUCCCGCCAUGUCGUACCUCAGUCCCAUCCUCCCCAAUCGCAGUACACAGACAGAAGUGCUUUGCGCCGUGCACGCCAUCCUGAGGCAGUGCCCCUCGUCCUGCCCACUCCAGCCCAUGCGCAGAGCGCCAUCGCCACUCGCGUUCCUCCGCCUAGUCCCCCUGUGGUCUCCGCUCCGCCGACGCCGCUGCCUGAGUCCAACAUUGGCCAUCGCUUGCUCAUGAAACAAGGUUGGUCACCCGGUGAGAGCCUUGGUCGUGCCGGCAGUAGCGAUGGUGCUCUUGUCGAGCCUCUCGACGUCAAGGGUCACACAGGCAAGACGGGACUUGGAGGUGCGAGGAAAGACAGUCGAACGUCUUCGCUAGCACUUGACUGGAAGGAAGCGGGCAAGCUACAACGCUGGGGUGUAGCCCAGGCAAGACAUUCGAACGAUCCUCCUUGACUCUGGGUGUCGUACUUCUCGGACCGUGCUAUACAUAUUUCUCGAUCAAUGACUAAGUACGUGUUGAUGGCAUCUUGUGAUUGCACGAUGAUUCACUGUU